GUUGGGCGAUGGUGUGCUUGAAAGGAACACUGCUGGGCCAUGGUGUGUGCUUGAAAGGAACACUGCUGGGCCAUGGUGUGUGCUUGAAAGGAACACUGCUAAACGGCGAAGCCAACGCCGGAAUCGAGUCGCUAUGGUCUUCGCCCGGUCUCCAAAGUUGUCGAUCUCCUCAGUGGUUGCCUGUCGAUCUACUCAGUGGGUCUCUCAGGGCAGUGGCUGAGUCAAAAACGUGCCAUUGCAUUUCGAGUCAAAAGUCUUCGGCACCUGGCGAGUGAAGGAAGUAGCCCUACAAAGAAUCUGACCAAAUUGCGACUGGAAGCAGUCGAAGAACACGAAGACUCAGUCACGAAGACAUACGCCCGCGUCUUCUUUCACAUCACAAGUGCACACACACGCACACACACACACACACACAUACACACACACAGAGAGAGAGAGAGAGAGAGAGAGAGAGAGAGAGAGAGAGAGAGAGAGAGAGAGAGAGAGANAGAGAGAGAGAGAUGUCGUCGGCGAGUGGGCUUUCGUUUAAGCUGCAUCCGCUGGUGAUAGUGAACGUGUCGGAUCAUUACACAAGGCGAAAAGCGCAGUUGUAUGGAUCGUUGUCGACGGCGAAGCCGCCACGUGUAAUAGGUUGUUUACUCGGGGUUCAAUCGGGGCGAAAUGUCGAGAUUUUCAAUUCUUUCGAGUUGAAAUACUUGGAGACAGAGGAGGGGCUUACCCUCGAUCGAGAGUUUUUGAACACGAAGCACGAGCAGUACAAGAAAGUCUUUCCAUCUUACGACAUCUUGGGAUGGUAUUCGACCGGCAUUGACGUGCAAGAGACCGACAUGAAUAUACACAAGGCUUUGAUGGACAUCAACGAAAGCCCUGUGUAUAUGAUGCUCAAUCCGACGAUUAAUCAUGCGCAGAAGGAUUUCCCCAUCACGAUUUACGAGAGCGAGUUACACGUUAUCGAUGGCGUGCCGUCUUUGAUUUUCGUCAGAUCUGAGUACAUGAUCGAGACGGUGGAAGCAGAGCGAAUCUCCGUCGACCACGUGGCACACAUCACGCCGGCUGGUGGGACUUCGGCGGCAACCCAGCUGGCGGCUCAUCUAACGGGAGUACACAGUGCCAUCAAAAUGCUCAAUAGCCGAUUAAAGGUGCUACAUCAUUUGUUGUUGACGACGGCGAAGGGGGAGGUACCGUUCGAGCACUCCCUUCUGAGACAGAUCGCGAGUCUGAUAAGGCGUUUGCCGGCAAUUGAGUCGCCGAGGUUCCAAGACGACUUCCUGACGGAAUAUAACGACAUAUUGCUAAUGGGUUACCUUGCAAGCAUCACCAAGGGGACGAGCACCAACAACGAGUUAGUCGAAAAGUUCAAUAUCGCAUACGAUAAGCAGGGCCGACGUGGAGGGCGUGCACCAUUCGUUUAACUCUUCCUGUCUCUCUCUGUAUUCGCUCGGCGUCUUGCGCGCGCACGUGCAUAAUCGACGGGAGAGGGUCAGGGUGCAGGUGUACGUGUAUGUGUGUUGUGUUUUUUUUUUUUUUUUUUUUUUUGUGUGUGUGUGUGUGUGUGUGCUGUCUCUUAUACACAUCUAGAUGUGUAUAAGAGACAGGCAAAGUUUUAUGUGUAAAAACAAAUUUUGUAAAUUUAUGACCAACCAUGUUUUCAGUAAUUUGUAAACCAACAAAACAUUUUUCGUUAUAAACUUGUACAUAGUAACAGAUAAAUUUAAUUAAAAUAU